UCGCCGUCGCCGCUCUUAACAUCGUUGCACUACUCACAUUCCCACAUCCAUCCCCCCAUCCCAGCAAACAUCCAUCCACCACUGUAGCAACAGCAUCGCAGCCAAAACUACAACCCAGUACCACAACUCUCCCUCCACCCACAUACCACCCCCUCAUUGACUGACCUGGGCAAGCCCUCAAGGGCCGACCACCUUGACUCAGCCCACGACAACCUUGUCAUUCUCUCUCUCUCUCACUCUCUCCCCCCCAUCCACCGCUGCGCAACCACCCAUCCAGCAACGCCGCAACUACCCUCAUCAUGGUUGAUUACGACCAUGCACGCCUUCAUCGGCCCGCGAGGCACUCGGCAAGUAUCAGCCCAAUACAACCUUCAAGCGCGCUUGGGGCCGCACCAAUGGACGUGGACAGAGGCGUGUCACCUCCACCACGCCCAGCCCCGUCUGGACGAAUGUCACUAUCGGCCCUCGUAAACUCUCCACCACCCGCGUCACCACCGCGUUCAGCCCGCGUGCCCGACCUCCCAAGACGGAGCUCGUCGUCGCGAUACCCGUACUCGACGUCCCACAGCGUCUAUGACGACCAUGAUCGCGUUGCAUACUCGUCUUCGUCGCGCUCCCGACCUCCAUCGGAUUAUUAUGGUGGCGCCCAUCAAAGUGUCGGAACGAGCUACCAUCACCGCAGCGAGCCCAAGGUGGCUCCUCCGACAUAUGAACGGCGCCGCUCUUCCUUUGACCGCGACCGCUCAUAUGAGAGUGCGCGCGCAGCACCUCCGGUCGACCGCUACGCCGACGAGUACGACGACCGCCCGUACGCGGGUCGCAGUGGUGGUGGCAGCAGUGUCGUUUCGUCGCGCCCCGGCCCGUCGUCCUACGCGUAUCGCUCCCCUUCGCCGGCUCGUCCUCCAACUUUCCAGCCCUACGAGCCAUCAGGCUGGAAGCGCAACGGUCGUGCGUCUCCUCCGCCCCCAUCCAGCCCAGGUUCAGACCGCCGCUCGGUGGAACCCCAGCACCCGGUGGCCGAAACACCUCCUGCCGUCCAAACUGGCGGCAAGAGGAGCACAGUGAUGCGUCCCGACGACAGCCUCGUUGCCAACGAGGAGGUUUGGCAGGAGAAGUUACGUUCGUUCCAAAUGCGUCGCGAGGUUGAGGCCUUUGACAUGCUGCGCUGGACACCGGAGAUGCUCAACGGUGACUCUGAGCCUGUCAAGGUCCCCGUCAAACGCAAGGGCUGGCCUGCCGACCAUCCCACUCGCAUUGCGCAGAGGCAAGCGAAGGAGGCUGCUCUUGCCGCGGGCAUCGAGAUUCCCAAGAAGAAAUACGUCCGCAGAAACAAAAAGUCGGCGGCGUCUGCGGCGAUCGACGACGAGCUUCUCGGCCUGGUGGAAGGCGACGUCCACCCCAGCUCGCCCAUGGGCGCGUCGUCCGCGGCCGAAGAUGACGGUGGCGAGCCUCCCGAGAUCAACCGAGACGCUACGUCAAUUGUUUGGCCGUCCGGUUUGACUCGUGCUGAGGUCAUGGCCAAGGUCGAAGCAGAUGACCUCAGAGGUCUCACCGAGGAGGACGUCAAGCAGGUCCAAGAUGAGAUGUGGCUCAAGAAGAAUGGCCCAGCAGCUCUGAGGAAGGACGGCACCAUGCGCAAGAAGCCAGGCCCCGCCAAGGGUUGGAAGGCUAUGCGCAAGGCGCAGACUCGCGGCGAAGACGACGAAAGUGAGGCUGGCGAUCGCUCCGUGGCUGCAGAGGAAGCCGACGCCGACAUUGCCGCCUUGCUCGAAGAGCCUGCCAGCACCCCGCAACCCGCCGCCAAGAAGCCGUCUAAGCGCAAGAAGAAGAGUGCCAAGGACGCUGUCGACACCGCAGAGGUAGAUGAACUUAAGCCGUCAGUGGACGACGAGGACGACGCUCUUUCCCUUCUUGAGAACGGUGACACCCCUGUUUCCGUCGCCAAGAAGCCCCGCACAAGCAAGGCGAGAGAACCUGGCGUCGGCAAGGGCAGAUGGACUCGGCCCAGCAAGGAGGAGAAGGAGUUGAAGUCCAAGGCCAGCACGAUCGCCAUGCAGCAGGCUAUCCAGCAAGCCAACGACGGCGCGGACACGGAUGGCGGCGAAAACGUUGCCGAGUUGGGUGCUCCGGCACUUCUCGCACAUAUUGAGCAGCACACGCCCAACACGUACGACCCGCGCGGUGUAUCCGAGGCCGAAGCGCACGUCAGACUCGGACUUGUCGAGGAUCUGCAGAAGCAGGCAUGGGCUCAGAUUAUGAGAGACGUUCCAAAGGUUUACCGCGUCAUGCAAGCCUCGGAGAGUGCUACCAAGCAGGAUGCUAUGCGCACCGCCCAGGCGUGUGUGCGUAACGCCUUCAGCCAGCGCAGCAUGAAGCCGACAUACCGCUCCAACACUCGCGCGACCAAGGAUGCCGCCGCGAAAGCCAAGAAGGUUAUGCGCGAAAUGCUCGUCUACUGGAAGAAGAACGAGAAGGAAGAGCUCGCAGCCCGAAAGCGUGCCGAGAAGGAGGCCAUGGAGAAGGCCAAGGCAGAGGAAGAGGCCCGCGAAAGCAAACGUCAAGCGCGCAAGCUCAACUUCUUGCUCACCCAAACCGAGCUCUACUCGCACUUCAUCGGCAAGAAGAUCAAGACGCACGAGGCCGAGAACAUGGAUGGAGGAGAUGUCACGCCAGCCCCCGUCGCGCCAAAGGGUGCCGACGCGCUGGAGAACGUCGACUCGUCUGAGGUCUUGCCCGACAUUGACUAUGAUGACGACGACGAGGAGAACCUUCGUCGCCAUGCCGCCAAGGGAGCUCAGGCUGCCAUUCAAGCUGCGCGAGACAAGGCUCGACAGUUCGACUCGGCACGUGCGACCGCACAGAAUGGCGACGCAGAGCUGGAUGACGAUACAAUGGAUGGCGACGAGCUCAACUUCCAGAACCCCUCGAUGGGCGAGGACCAGGUCACCAUCACGCAGCCCAAGAUGCUCAUGGCUCAGCUCAAGGAAUACCAGCUCAAGGGUCUUACUUGGCUUGGUAACCUGUACGAGCAGGGUAUCAACGGUAUCCUCGCAGACGAGAUGGGUCUCGGAAAGACCAUCCAGUCCAUCUCCCUUCUCGCCUACCUUGCCGAGGUCCACAACCUGUGGGGUCCUUUCCUCGUCAUUGCGCCAGCGUCGACUCUGCACAACUGGCAGCAGGAGCUGGCUCGCUUCGUCCCUCGCCUCAAGGCGCUGCCUUACUGGGGCUCACCCAAGGACCGUGAGACUCUUCGUCGCAUCUGGAAUCGCAAGAACCAGACAUUCAACGAGGACUCGCCGUUCCACAUUCUCGUCACCAGCUACCAGUUGGCUGUGCAGGACGAGAAGUAUUUCCAGAUGAUGCGCUGGCAGUACAUGAUCUUGGACGAGGCCCAGGCCAUCAAGAGUUCUUCUUCGGCCCGUUGGAAGUCGCUCCUGUCUCUCAACUGUCGUAACCGUCUGCUCCUGACAGGAACCCCCAUUCAGAACUCGAUGCACGAACUGUGGGCUCUACUCCACUUCAUCAUGCCGUCGCUGUUCGACUCGCACGAAGAGUUCAGCGAGUGGUUCUCCAAGGACAUUGAGAACGCCGCCGGAGGUGGCAACUCGACUCUCAAGCCCGAGCAAUUGAAGCGUCUCCACAUGAUCCUCAAGCCCUUCAUGCUCCGUCGUGUCAAGAAGCACGUCCAGAAGGAGCUUGGCGACAAGAUUGAGAUUGACGUUCUCGUUGACCUGAGUCAGCGCCAGCGUGCCAUUUACAAGGCCCUUCGCCAGCGUGUCUCGAUCGAGGAUCUCCUUGCCCAGGUCAACAAUGCCGACGACAAGCUCAGCGCAAAGAACCUCAUGAACUUGGUCAUGCAGUUCCGCAAGGUCUGCAACCAUCCUGAUCUUUUCGAGCGCGCCGACGUUGUCUCGCCCUUCUUGUUUGGCUCAUUCAGCCACAGUGGCAACCUCAACCGUCAAGGCGACAUGCUCUACUGUCCCGACUCUGCUCGCAACCCCAUCGAGGUGCAGCUUCCUCGGAUCAUGUGGACGGACGGCGGUAUGCUCAACCUGCCCAGUGAGACCAGCCUCGCCGGAUCCGACACACACGUGAUGCAGAACCUGCUCAACAUCUGGAGCACAGAGUGGAUCAAUACUUCGCUCAAGCAGGACCAGUCUGCCUUUGGCUUCCUCAAGAUUGCAGACUGGUCCCCGGCAGAGGCCAACCGCCGCGCCAAGUCGCACCCCCUUGUCCGCCUGCUCGAGGGAUCGGAAGAUGCCUCGGAUGUUGUGAUCAAGGGGCCCUUCGUCAACGAGUCUGACCUCGCUGCGUCGACAUCGCGCAAGUUCUCCCCACCUGCACCACGAGUACCCCAUGCCGCUGCUCCUGGGUCGGACCUCGCUCCUCUUCGCGACAUCACGUCAAGGACGUGGAACCAGUCGUACCUCUCACGUCGCGGAGCUCGCUUUGCGGUCGACAACGUCGUUGCCCCGGCCAUCAAGCCAGUCGCAUCAAGCCGCCUGUCCGUUAACAUUGCUGAGCGCCUGGGUAACGACGACAUUGUACGCUCCGCCCUAUACGGUGUCACGCCAAGCGAUCUCGACGAGCCUGAAGCCGUCGCCCGCCUUGACGCGCUUGUUCCGGGCGUUACCCCUCGCGGCCUGCUCAGCGCCUCGGAUGAGAACCAGUCACCUCUGUCGUCGCUCCGCAUCCCACCAACGAAGCGCUUGAUUGUCGACUCGGCCAAGCUCGCCCGUUUGGACGACCUCCUCCGCGAGCUCAAGGACGGCGGACACCGUGUCCUCCUGUACUUCCAGAUGACGAAGAUGAUGGACCUCAUUGAGGAGUACCUCAUCUACCGCCAGUACAAGUACUUGCGUCUCGACGGUUCGUCGCCCAUCGGCGAGCGUCGUGACAUGGUCACCUCGUGGCAGACCAACCCCGACAUCUUCGUCUUCUGCCUGUCUACGCGUGCUGGUGGUCUCGGUAUCAACCUUACCGCGGCUGACACCGUCAUUUUCUACGACCACGACUGGAACCCAUCCAACGAUGCGCAGGCCAUGGACCGUGCUCAUCGUGUGGGCCAGACCAAGCAGGUCACUGUCUAUCGCCUUAUCGCACGCGGAACGAUUGAAGAGCGUAUCGUCAAGCUUGCCCGUGCCAAGAAGGACGUGCAGGAUAUCGUCGUGGGCACAAAGUCGCUCAACGAGGUCGCCAAGCCUGCCGAGAUUGCGUCGCUCUUCAUGGACGACGAGGAACUUGCCGAGUCCAUGGCCAAGCGCAAGGCAGCUGAGGCCCACGGGUAUGUGGCGCCUGCGUUCGGCGGAGCCAAGAAGUCGGCCUUUGGCGACGGUCUGGGCAAUAUGGACGACGAGGACGACGGCUUCUUCAGUGCGGCUCAGAAGGCGCAGCAGAACAAUGAUGAUGACGACAAUGGUCCUAGUGGCGCGGGUACACCUGUAUCCAAGAAGCGCCCGGCGCCCAAGAAGAAGGACAGUGGCAGCGCCACCAAGCCUCGUCCCAAGAAGAAGGUCAAGCUCGCCGCUGACGGCCUUCCCAUCUAACUACACAAUUUCAUGUCAUGAUACCACGCAUAGGACGCCCCACAGAGGUGGCACAUGUAGAUGCAUUAUUAGUCUUUUGGUACAAA